AUGGUCACUUCCUGUGCAUUGUCAGCUCAUUGUGGUAGCCCUAUUGAUAGUGAAUCUGACUACAGAAGCAUUGCAGGUGCGCUGGUAUGCCAGUUCCUGCACAAACCUCUGGACCAACACCUUAAGGCUGUUAAACGAAUUCUAAGGUAUUUGCAAGGUACUACGGACUAUGGAAUUGGUUUUACAGUUGCUUCUCGAAUGUCUUUAGUAGGCUACUCAGAUGCAAAUUGGGGAAUUGACCUUGAUGAUAGAAGGUCCACAACUAGGUUUUGUGUGUUCCUGGGUGGUAAUCUGGUGUCAUGGGGGUCAAAGAAACAACAGGUUAUUUUUCGUUCCAUGACAGAAGCUAAAUAUUGGGGUCUAACUUAUGCUACAGCUAAAACCGUAUGGCUUGAGUCGGUGUUGGCUGAACUGAAAGUGCCCUUAACUAAUACAGGUACUGUCUGGUGUGAUAACUCAGGAGCAGUAGCACUAUCUGAUAAUCCUGUUCUUCAUUCAAGUUCAAGCAUGUCGAGUUAG